AUGGCGGCCCAACUAUCUCACUACGACCUCUUCGAACAGCUCGAGCUGCCUCAGUGCGAGUGCCUAAACGCCGCAAAGGAUCACACGCUUCGGCGUGCGCCGAGGCGGCCUCCUCGUCGCUUCACCCUACAUAUGCUGACCCGCUCUCCCGCACCUCAGGCGGUGCGGCUCUCGGCCAUCGUCGUCGCCGGACCCGCCGCGAGCGCGCCCUCCGAGCUGCGCAUCUUUGCCAACCCGCCUGCGCCGCUCGACUUUGACAGCGGCAGGUCAAACGCGCCGACCCAGACGCUGCCCCUCACGCCGGCGGACGUCGCGCGCGAAGGGCGGCCCGUCGAGCUCCGCUUUGUCCACUUUCAGGGCGCCGCAGCGAGCAUUGCGGCGCCCUAUCGUACGACGGUGCGCGAGCUCACCAUUUUCGUGCCCGGCAACAUGGGCAACGAGGAGGAGACGGUCAUCGCGCGGCUGCGUCUGAUCGGGCUGCCGGUCGAGCAGACCGGCGCGAAGCGCUCCGAGGCGGAGCAGGCGGCCGCGAGCAAGGCGGACUGGCUGGGCAGCGGCAUCCGCGGCGCGUGA